UAUCUCCCCAUUCACUCAACCAUCCACUUCUUAGCCUUUACUUUUCUAUACUUCAACAAACAAACAAACAAACAAACAAACAAACAAACAAAAAAACACAAAACAACUCAUCGAUCGAUCAAUCGAUCAAUCUAGUUAAUUAAACAAAAACCUAAUUUGAAUCGAAAUAAAAAUGUCAGGAGUAUGGGUGUUCAAGAACAAUGGUGUGAUUCGUUUGGUGGAGAAUCCACAAGCCGAACAAGGAGGUAGUGAUCAAGCAAGAACAAGGAAGAAGGUGCUCGUACACCUUCCUACAGGAAGGGUGAUUACAUCAUACCAAAUCCUUGAACCAAUUCUUAAAGACUUAGGUUGGGAACAUUACUUUGGAGGUGAUUCUGAUCUUUACCAAUUCCACAAAAGAUCUUCAAUUGAUCUCAUUUCACUUCCUAGAGAGUUCUCCAAGUUCAGCUCCGUCUACAUGUAUGACAUUGUUGUUAAGAACCCUAAUGUUUUCCAGGUUCGCGACAUGUAGAUAUUUCAUAUAUCUACAUGGACUACUACUACUACUACCAAUCAAAACGUACUAUCUAAUCUAGGGUUUGUUUGUGCUUGCAUCUAAGUACAUAUAUAAGCAUUGCUUCUUCAUUUUGGCGCGUUUCUUCUUCUUCUUCUUCUUCUUCUUCUUCUUCUUCUGCUUCUUCUUCUUCCAUUUUGAGUGUUAAGGUUUUCUUCAAAGAGUGUGAUUGAGUCAUUUUCAUGUUUGCAAAUAUUUCAUUUCACCAAAACAAGCUAUAAUUGAUGUGGAGUACAAUUAUACUUUGAUGUAUCGCGUUAUUCUUAUGUGUGUUUCGAUCAAAUUAAGGAUUGUUCUUUUGUACAUAGAUCUGAUCUAUGAAAUGUUUUCUCCAUUCUUGCAAGUCUGUAAUGCUUGUGGAGUAAGCUAAUUAAGCUAGCUUUUUGUGUCUUCAAACUCAUGAAUAUAUAUUGUAUUUCAUGGAGUAAUUGAUAUAUAUAUAUAUAUAUAUAUAUAUAUAAAGUUUGAUUUAAUAUAUUAAAGCUCA